AUGGCUUCCAAGUUCCUACGAGAGUACAAGUUGGUGGUUGUCGGCGGCGGUGGCGUUGGAAAAUCAUGCUUGACCAUCCAGCUGAUCCAGAGUCACUUCGUGGACGAGUACGACCCGACAAUUGAAGACUCCUACCGCAAGCAGUGCGUAAUCGACGAUGAGGUCGCCUUAUUGGAUGUCCUGGACACAGCCGGCCAGGAAGAGUAUUCAGCAAUGCGGGAACAGUACAUGCGGACUGGCGAAGGCUUCCUUCUGAUCUACUCCAUAACAUCGCGCCAAUCGUUCGAAGAAAUCAUGACCUUCCAACAGCAGAUUCUGCGCGUCAAGGAUAAGGACUAUUUCCCCAUCAUCGUCGUCGGCAACAAGUGUGAUUUGGACAAGGAGCGCGUGGUCUCCGAGCAAGAGGGUGAGGCCUUGGCCCGACAGUUCGGCUGCAAGUUCAUCGAGACCUCCGCCAAGUCCCGCAUCAAUGUCGAGAACGCCUUCUACGACCUCGUCCGCGAGAUCCGCCGCUAUAACAAGGAAAUGUCCUCCUACCCCUCCGGCUCCGGCGCCUUCGGUGCUCGUGCCCCCGAUAACAAGAUGGAUGUCAGUGAGCCGGGCGAGAGCGCCGGCUGCUGUUCCAAGUGUGUUAUCAUGUAA